GGGCCGUCCUAGCCAUGCCGCAAGUGAAGCAGAAAGCCACAGCUCGAACUCGUUCAUCUUCAUCGAGGUCAAAAAGACCGCGCUUGGAGUCGAAAGGUGCCGAAGAGGAGAGGGCGGAAGCGGCUGAAGGGGCUGAAGCAGCCGAAGGGAAAGCUGACGAAGCUGAGGAAGUUGAUGAGGACUUAGAGGACACCGAGGACGACGCGGAGGCGGACGGCCUCAGGGACGACGGCUCCUCGGACGACUCCGAGGACGACGCGCCGCGGAACCGGAUUGGCAACGUUCCUCUGGAUUGGUACAAAGAUGAAGACCAUGUUGGCUACGACAUCGCUGGGGAGAAAGUGAUGAGGACACUGUCGACCAGCGAGAUCGAUGCCCUUCUGGAGAGCAAGGACAAUCCUGAUGCCUGGCGCACCAUCAAGGAUCACAAAAACCAACGCGAGGUGGUCCUGACAGACACCGACCUCGAGGUGAUCCGGCGAAUUCGCCAGAGGAUGUAUCCAAGCAUGGGCACGGACACGACUGAGAUGGUCGAAUUUGAUAAUCCGGAAGCUCGGAUUCAUCCCGAAAGCAAAGCGCAUCCUCCGAAGUCGCGCUUCUUACCCUCCAAGUGGGAGCGGAUGAAGGUGAAGCGAUUGGUGGCACUGCUAAGAGAAGGAAAGAUCAGGCCGCCUCCACCACCAGCACCAGAGGUCUUUGAUCUCUGGGCAGAUGAUGCAAAGCCACGACGCAAGGCACCUGUGCCUCUGCCGGCACCGAAGAUGGCCCUGCCGGGGCAUGCCGAGUCGUACAACCCACCCAGCGAAUAUCUCUUCACCGAGGAGGAGAAGAAGGAGUGGGAAGAGACCUUUGAGCAGGACCGAACAAUAACGCACUUGCCGCAGAAGUUCGACUGCUUGCGACAUGUCCCGGGCUACAAAGACUUCAUGGUGGAACGCUUCAAGAGGUGUUUGGACCUCUAUUUGGUCCCCAGAGCUUUGAAGCAGCGGAUGAAUGUGGAUCCUGAGAGUCUUCUUCCAAAGCUCCCCAGCCCCAAGGACCUCCGGCCGUUUCCCACGCACAUCUCGGUGAGCUAUGAGGGCCACUCCGGCAUGGUGCGGGCUGUGGCGGUUGAGGCCUCUGGUCGAUAUCUGGCAACUGCCUCGUCGGACGAGACGCUUCGCAUUUGGGAGGUGGCUACUGGCCGUCCAAUCCGAAGUAUCAAGUUCAGCAGCGCAGUGACAGCUGUAGCCUGGAACCCGCAGCACCUGUUGCUGAGUGUGGCCGCGGAAGAGAACGUUUUUUUCCUCGAUCCGGGCUUGGAGCUGCAGGCGAGCAGCGACAUCUCCACUGAGGAUGGAACUGAGACACCAGUCACGAUCUCAUCUUUGCUGGAGUUUAAGGAGGCCGCAAAGCCUGCGGAUGGAGAAGAGAAUGAGGAGCCAACCGCUGCCAAAGCCAAAGCCGUGCAUUGGCGUCAAGUCCUUGCGGAUACGCCGCAGUAUGCCGCUGGCUGCAGGCUCUGUAUCUCCACGGAUGGAGAUGUUCAGCAUUUGGUGUGGCACCACAAAGGGAACUACUGCGCAGCAGUGAGUCCCAAGGCGCGUGCAACUUCCAACCAGUGCAUCAUCCAUGCCUUGAACCAGCAGAAGUCCAUGCGGCCCUUCGCGAAGCUUCGAGGGGGGCAGCAGGUGCAAAGUUGCGCCUUUCAUCCCUCCAAGCCACAUUUCAUGGUGGCCACGAUGCGCAGCGUGCGCAUCUAUGACCUGCAAAAACAGGCACAAGUGAAGCAACUCAUUAGCGGAGCCAAAUGGAUUUCCUCGGUGACUGUGCAUCCAACGGGCGAUCAUGUUGUGGUUGGCUCCUACGACAGAAGAGUGGUAUGGUGGGACCUGGACUUUGCUUCAAAGCCAUAUAAGACACUGCAGUAUCAUGACAAAGCGGUGCGGUGUGCUGUGUUUCAUCCUGGGAAGUUCCCGUUGCUGGCAGCUUGCUCGGAUGAUGCCACCGUCAGCAUCUUGCACGCCAAGGUCUUCUCCGACUUGAUGCAAAGUCCCAUGAUCGUUCCCGUGAAGCGUCUGCGGGACCACAUGGUCAACCAGGGCUUUGGCGUUUUGGCAUGUGCUUGGCAUCCACAUCAACCCUGGCUUUUCACUGCUGGAUCCGAUGGCAGAGCAUAUCUCUGGGCAUGAGGUGGCCCUGAUACAGUAC